AGAAAAUCGAAGCAAUAUGAUUGGAAAAUUGACGUUAGUUUGCGCUUUACUUUACAUUUCUACCGUUUCGGGAAGAAAAUACGAUAAAUGUCAGCUGGCCCAUGAACUAUUAGACAAAUACAAAUUUCCCAAGGAUCAGAUUUCCACAUGGAUUUGUAUAGUUGACCACGAGUCCAAAUUCGACACGAACGCCUUCAAUUCGAACACCAAGGACCACGGGCUGUUCCAGAUCUCUGAAUUGUACUGGUGUGAACCCCCGGGACAUCCGAACGGCUGUCACGUGCAAUGCUCGGCCUUGCAAGAUGAUAACAUCGACGAUGACGUCAAGUGCGUGAAGCAGGUGUUCGAAGAGACGCAGAGAUUGAAGAAGAACGGUUUCGAAGCAUGGACAACUUACCCCAAGUAUUGCAAAGGGGAUACUGGGUCGUACAUCCAGGGUUGUAAUAUUUAAGUUGUUU